AUGGAGGAGCAGAAAAAAGUACCUCGUCCUGACCCAAUUAUAAUACACUUGGGUGACAUGGGACGCUAUCAGUUCCUCUAUUGUAUGCUGAUAUUUUUAUCGAAAUUUCCUUCUGGAUGGGUGACAAUGUCGCAUAUCUUUUUGAGCGCUAAGGGCGAAUAUUAUUGUGAAAGCGGGAAGGACGUGGACCCCUGUACUGAUAAAUGUAAAUCGGCUACGUUUGAUCGGACAAUUUUUACCGACACAAUUAAUAUGUCAUUUGAUCUCUCUUGUGAUCGUUUCUGGCUUGCAAGUUUAUCCCAAUCUCUAGUAAUGGGUGGCAUUAUGAGCGGUGCUAUGAUAUUUGGAAUAUUAUCAGAUAAAUAUGGACGUCGUAUAACGUUUAUUAUCGAAUGUAUAGUGCAACUGGUAUUCGGCGUGGUAGCUGCAUUUUCAGUAAACUACCCUAUGUACGCCCUUUUUAGAUUUCUGCAUGCAACUGCUACCGGGGGGCAAAUGACUACCAGCUUUGUCCUAAUCAUGGAGAUUAUUGGUCCCAAAUACCGUGAGACUAUGAAUAUUUUAUAUCAAAUCCCAUUUAAUUUGGGUCACGCAACUUUGCCGUUAUUUUCUUAUUUUCUACGUGAUUGGCAUUACUUUUAUCUAAGCUUUUCUUUGUUUUCAAUUGUAUACUUUAUAUAUAUAUGCGUGAUAUUUGAAUCGCCACGUUGGCUAUUCACCACAGGUCGUUUGGAAGAGUCCAUACCGAUUGUCGAAAAGAUCGCAAGAAGGAAUGGCCGCCCUCCAGAAAAUAUAGAAAAAAUACGACCCGAGAUGGAAGCAGCCUUUCAACAGUUGGCAUUGUCCGGUACUAAGAAGAAGAGCUCUAUUUUGGAUUUGUUUCGGACUCCGAAUAUCCGCAGAAAUACCAUAAUUAUGAUGUAUGAAUGGUACAACGUGUGCAUGGUUUACUAUGGUUCCGCUCAAUUUAUAUCAACAUUAAGCGGCAAUAUAUUCUUAAAUGUAUUCAUUAGCGGCAUAUUAGGAGUGCCGGGCACAAUUUUGUGCGUCUUUAUGACAAAAUAUUUGGGACGGCGUGUAACAAUGGUUAUAUCGAACGCAAUAAGUGCUUGUGGGUUUUUGAUGAUUGCUUGCGUUACCACUUUAAAGCCGACAAUGGUCGUAGUCUUCGCCAUAGUUGGUCUCUUCGGUGCGUCAAUUACUUUUCCGAAUACAUAUAUGUACGCUGGCGAAAUAUUUCCUACUUUAGUACGAACAACUGGUAUGGGCUUGUGUUCAUGCUUUGGUCGUUUCGGUUCGAUGAUAGCACCAUUUAUAACAAGUGAUUUGGCUUUAUAUUCGCCCGUUAUACCACCAAUAGUGUAUGCAGCUAUUGCCUGUAUUGGUUUUGUGCUUACAUUCUUCUUGCCCGAAACAAAAGGUCGCAAUGUGCCAGAAACUAUAGAAGACGGCGAAGCCCUUCAUUUUAGGAAAACGGAUUAA